GGAGACUCUGCCACCAGUAAUUGUACUGAGAGCGCUUUACUAUCAUCGCUACCGCUCUUGCUACUAUAAGGGCGUGGCUGCGAACAUUGUGACGACCAAUAGCUGCUGUAAAAUAAGCCUACUUUCCCACGGUUGUAGGCUAGUUUAGGAAUGAGAAUGAGUGAUGCCCUCGAUAUAGUGUGCUGACCGACAUGCUGAGUUUACCGAACGAUCAGAGCAAAUCGAGCGAUACUGGCUUAAUAAUGCAUUUGUCACAAGUAAGACAAGCUGAGAUUACCGAUCAUGAAGUAAUAAACAGUUGGUCAACUGGUUGGAUGGAUCGACAUUUCAACGAUGGCACUCACUGUAGUGUUCCUAAUCUCACCUUUACUAGUUAUGGAAAGGGAACAGCCGAUGAUAUGCAAAAAGAUGAGUUGCCUAUUCUGGAUAAAAACAAUGGCUUUCCAGUUAAUCCGCCUUCAUUCGGUCCUUUGACUACUUAUGUGUCCACUCUUGGUUUACCUGCCAAAGAAAGUUACUUUGACACUCAGGAACAUGCUGAUAAUUCUUGGCUUUUUAGCGAAGCAACUGCUGCUAUCUUUAACCUACACGCUGACUUAAGUACUUUUCUGGAAAUCUGGAAACCAUCUGUUGAAUUGGUCAGGAGCGAGGUUCCUCAGAAUACUGCUGCUGUUGCUGCGCGGAAACUGAAGGAUGUAUUACCGAAUCAGGUGGCUGUUUCAGUCACUCCGCCUUCAAUGCGAUUGAAGUCUUUGCAGAAGAAUACUGUCGCUACUGAUGGUAAGAAGGAAGUGGUGGACAAGUGGUACUGUGUUUUCUGCUUCAAUAACGCUCGUUUUGCUUACGAGAAAUGCGGUAUUAUCCUUCAUCCCAAGUUCAAUGGACCAUGGCGAACUCACGUGUGUAAGGACUCCAAGGGUGUAGUGAUUUGUCCUAUUUUGGCUGCACACGUCUGUCGUCACUGCGGUGCCACAGGUAAGUUCGCACAUACAGAAAAAUAUUGCGAUUCAGAGCAGAAGCGAAGAAAUCAACGAACAAAAAAAUUGAGUCGAGUCGGUUAGAUUCCAGCCAUGGAUCUUGUCUUUUAGUAACUUCCCUGAUUUGAUUGGACAAACUUGCUCCAUACUUGAUAAAACGAGUUCACUGAUUAUAGCUUGUCACAAUGUAGCCCGUGAAAUCGCUAAUUUUAUCAUAAGUUUUGACCACCCAUGAGACAAAUUGCUAUUUGUUGCUACUUUCCAAUAUUUUGUUUCUCAUAUAAUAUAUCAUGACUUCAUAUCUUCUUAUCUAUAUGCUC